UCUUUCUCUCCCCCCACCCCCACCCCACCCCACCCCACCCCGAACCCCUGCCCAUUUUUCUUCUGGUGAUCAGAAGCCGUUGACUUUUGGAGUUCUUCUGAAGAUUAAGAGCUUUUUUUCACUGGAAAACUUUGUAAUUCAGGCAAAAUGAGCUCUCUGCAAGGGCCAGUUGUUUGUCCUCUGUUUCGUGGAAAGCAAACAGGUAGAGUCAGUUCACCUAUAAUGAAGGCUAAGAUGUUGAGAAGUGAGUUCUGGGGGUUUAAUGGGAUAUCUAGACGACGGGUUAAUGUGGCUCGUUUACCACGAUCACGUGUAAGCAAGUUGAUGAUCGGAUGUAGUUUCAGUUCAUCAUCAAAUGACAAUGGUAGCAUGGCCGAGAAUUUUAAUGAAAGUGAUGCUGAUUAUGUCAAUUCUAGCGUGGUUGAAGCUGUUGAAGUGCAAAGCGGGAAAGAUGGUUUCAUGAUCAAGAUGAGAGAUGGCAGGCAUGUGAAAUGCGUCCAUAACAAUCCACAGGGGGUUCAUGUACAUGAUUAUGCUCCAAACCCCGCGAUUGUGCUAAGGAUGGAGGACGGGACUGGGCUGCUUCUUCCUAUAAUUGUUCUGGAGAUGUCAAGUGUGCUGCUCAUGGCCGCUGUACGCAAUGUCCAACUUGCCAGACCUACAAUGUAUCAAGUUUUGAAGGAAAUGGUCGAAAAGAUGGGCUAUGCAGUUAAACUUGUUCGAGUUACCAAGAGAGAGCAGGAAACAUAUCUUGCUCAGUUACAUCUAACCAAGUUGGAUAACGAUGCUGAGAGUAUUAGCUUCGAUCUUCGUCCUUCUGAUGCAAUCAACAUAGCUGUGAAAUGCAAGGUGCCAAUACAAGUCAAUAAAAACUUGGCAUACAGUGAUGGUGUGAGGAUUGUUGAGUCUGCAGAUCCUGCACCGCGAGCUGCCACUUCUGACGGCUUAUUGUUCACUGGGCUUGACAAACCUACUAGGCAGCCAUCCAUUGACGAAAAGGAGUUUAUUCUUGUGCGGAACAUGCUGGUUGCUGCAGUAGAAGAACGAUACCGAGAUGCAGCUCUUUGGAGGGACAAGCUUACUCAACUUCGAUCCAGCAGGAAUUGGACAUAGCAAAGGAUUGUUGCAGUUUGUUGAUGCAAGAACUCGAUAUAUAUAUAUAUAUAUAUAGAUGCCAUUUAUUAUCGAUGCUAUCAGCAUUGAAGAUCAAUUAUAUAUAGCUCUUGCUCAAAUAUGUAAAGAAAACUUGUGAAUAUAUUGUAUAUAUUUUGUAUAGACUCCAAUACUAAUGUUAAGGAAAAAAAGCUGAAACUGGUAAAACUUAUGGUUCUUGUCUAUGUAAAGAACUAGUGAAUAUAAGUGUAAAGUGGCCUAUUAAAAGUGUCAUAUUCGAAAGAUAUUAAUUUAUCAUGGUUAAAUUAUAAACUGUCUACUCAUGGUUUAGUGAUAUGGGAAGAAAUAUGUUUACAUUA